GUCUAGAUCUUUGCUUGUGUUCUCGUAUGUACGUCGCUUUGGGUAAAAGCGUCUGCUAAAUGACAUUGUAACAUUGUAUGUAGAAUGAGGUAAGUGUGCGAGCUGGUUGUUUCAGACUCCCGCCAUGUAUCUCGUCCUGCAGUCCUCUUGCGAGACCGAGGAGGGCGCUCUGCAUCCAGCCUUCCCACAGACAGCACUGACUGAACGGACAGAGAGCUUUGUGCCGAAAACUAAACCCAACCUGUGUUAGACUAAUGAAUUAAAACGGCCCACUUCAGAGAGGCCAGUAGAAGACCGUGUGGAUUAAACAUCAACAAGCAUGGAGUUCCCGCAACAGCAGAAACCGGCGGGGGACGGAAAGAUCACCUAUCCUCCCGGAGUGAAGGAGAUCACAGACAAAAUCACCAACGAUGAGGUGGUCAAAAGGUUGAAGAUGGUGGUGAAAACCUACAUGGACAUGGAUCAAGACUCUGAGGAGGAGAAACAGCAGUAUCUUGCUCUGGCACUCCACCUCGCCUCAGAGUUCUUCCUCAGGAACCCCAACAAAGAUGUACGGUUACUUGUGGCAUGUUGUCUGGCAGACAUCUUCAGGAUCUAUGCUCCUGAGGCCCCCUACACCUCCCACGACAAACUCAAGGACAUCUUCCUGUUCAUCACCAGACAGCUUAAAGGAUUGGAAGACACAAAGAGCCCUCAGUUCAACAGAUACUUCUACCUGCUGGAGAACCUGGCGUGGGUGAAGUCGUACAACAUAUGCUUUGAGUUGGAAGACUGCAAUGAGAUUUUCAUCCAGCUUUUUAAAACACUUUUCUCCGUCAUCAAUAACAGCCAUAACCAGAAGGUGCAGAUGCACAUGAUGGAUCUGAUGAGUUCAAUCAUCAUGGAGGGAGACGGAGUCACGCAGGAAUUGUUGGACACCAUCCUCAUUAACCUCAUUCCAGCACACAAGAAUCUGAACAAACAAGCGUAUGAUCUUGCCAAGACUCUGCUGAAGAGGACAGUUCAGACCAUCGAGACAUGUAUCGCAAACUUCUUCAAUCAGGUUUUAGUGAUGGGGAAGUCAUCUGUCAGUGACCUAUCAGAGCACGUCUUUGACCUCAUCCAGGAACUGUUUGCUAUCGACCCCAUGCUGCUAACCUCUGUUAUGCCACAGCUGGAAUUCAAACUGAAGAGCAACGAUGGCGAGGAGCGUUUAGCAGUUGUCCGGCUUCUAGCUAAGUUGUUUGGGGCUAAAGACUCAGAGUUGGCCUCACAGAACAGACCACUGUGGCAGUGCUUCUUAGGGCGGUUCAAUGACAUCCAUGUUCCAGUCAGGCUAGAGUGUGUAAAGUUUGCCAGCCACUGCCUCAUGAACCACCCAGACCUGGCCCGGGACCUGACAGAGUACUUGAAGGUGCGUUCACAUGAUCCAGAGGAAGCCAUCCGUCAUGACGUCAUUGUCACCAUCAUCAACGCUGGGAAGAAAGAUCUCAACUUGGUCAAUGAUCAGCUGUUGGGCUUCGUACGAGAAAGGACCUUAGACAAGAGGUGGCGUGUUCGUAAAGAGGCCAUGAUGGGCCUGGCUCAGCUUUAUAAGAAAUACUGUCUGCACCACGAGGCUGGGAAAGAGUCUGCUGCAAAGAUCAGCUGGAUCAAAGACAAACUUCUGCACAUCUACUAUCAGAACAGCAUUGAUGACAAGUUAUUAGUAGAGAAGAUCUUUGCUCAGUACAUGGUCCCCCACAGUCUUGACACAGAGGAGAAGAUGAAGUGUCUGUACUACCUGUAUGCCUGCCUAGACACAAAUGCUGUCAAGGCGCUGAAUGAGAUGUGGAAGUGUCAGAACAUGCUCAGAAGCCUUGUUAAAGAGCUGCUGGACCUCCACAAACUGCCAGUGUCUGAGGCCAAUAACUCAGCCAUGUUUGGGAAGCUAAUGUGUAUUGCCAAGAAUCUGCCAGAUGCAGGAAAGGCCCAAGACUUCAUGAAAAAGUUCAACCAGGUUCUCGGUGAGGAUGAGAAGCUCAGAGUCCAGCUGGAGAUGCUCAUCAGCCCAACCUGCUCCUGCAAACAGGCCGAGAUCUGUGUAAGGGAGAUUACCAGGAAGUUGACAUUCCCCAAACAGCCUACCAAUCCGUUUCUGGAGAUGGUGAAGUUUCUGCUGGAGCGCAUUGCCCCCGUCCACAUCGACUCCGAGGCCAUCAGUGCUCUGGUGAAGCUGCUGAACAAAUCCAUUGAGGGCACAGCCGACGAUGAUGAGGAAGGUGUUACCCCUGACACAGCCAUCCGUGCUGGCCUGGAGCUACUCAAGGUCCUGUCAUUCACUCACCCUACAGCGUUCCACUCGGCAGAAACCUACGAGUCCCUGCUACAGUGUUUAAAGAUGGAGGACGAGAAGGUGGCUGAGGCAGCUAUCCAGAUUUUCAGAAACACAGGGCAGAAGAUCGAGACAGAGCUACAGCAGAUUAGAUCGACUCUGAUUCCCAUCCUGCAUCAAAAAGCCAAGCGGGGCACACCUCACCAGGCCAAGCAGGCCGUCCACUGUAUCCACGCCAUCUUCAACAAUAAAGAAGUGCAGCUGGCACAGAUUUUUGAGCCUCUGUCACGUAGUCUGAAUGCAGACGUCCCAGAGCAGCUCAUUACUCCCCUGGUGUCCCUGGGCCAUAUCUCCAUGCUGGCCCCAGAUCAGUUUGCGUCACCAAUGAAGUCCAUUGUUGCUAACUUCAUCGUCAAGGACUUGCUCAUGAAUGACAGAUCAGUGGGAAACAAAAAUGGAAAGCUGUGGUCCGCUGACGAGGAGGUCUCACCAGAGGUCCUAGCUAAGGUGCAAGCCAUCAAGCUGCUUGUGCGCUGGUUACUAGGGAUGAAGAACAACCAAUCCAAGUCAGCAAACUCAACCCUGCGCCUGCUGUCAGCCAUGCUGGUCAGUGAGGGAGACCUCACAGAGCAGAAGAAGAUCAGUAAAUCAGACAUGUCUCGUCUGAGGCUGGCUGCAGGUGGAGCCAUCAUGAAGUUGGCCCAGGAGCCCUGUUACCAUGACAUCAUCACACCUGAACAGUAUCAGCUUUGCGGCCUUGUUAUCAAUGAUGAGUGCUACCAGGUCCGGCAGAUAUUUGCUCAGAAGUUGCACCUAGCUCUGGUCAAACUGAUGCUGCCUCUGGAGUACCUGGCUGUCUUUGCCCUGUGUGCAAAGGACCCAGUAAAGGAGCGCCGGGCUCACGCUCGACAGUGCCUCCUCAAAAACAUCUCUGUCCGCAGAGAGUACAUCAAACAGAACCCACUUGCUCAGGAAAAACUGGUCUCUCUCCUUCCCGAGUACGUUGUUCCCUAUAUGAUCCACCUGCUGGCCCAUGACCCAGACUUCACAAAACCACAGGAAUAUGAACAGCUCAAAGACAUCAAAGAAUGCCUGUGGUUCAUGCUGGAAGUGCUGAUGACAAAGAAUGAGAACAACAGUCAUGCAUUUUUAAGGAAGAUGGUAGAGAAUAUCAAACAGACCAAGGAUGCACAGUGUCCGGAUGAUGCAAAGGGCAAUGAGAAGCUGUAUAUUGUCUGCGAUGUUGCCCUCUUCGUUAUCGCCAACAAGAGCACUGCCUGUCAUCUGGAUUCCCCUAAAGACCCAGUCCUCCCCUCCAAGUUCUUCAUCGUACAGGACAAGGACUUUAAAAAUGAUAAAGAGUAUCUGUCGACAGAUAUGAGACAAAUGCUGCUCACAGGAAAGCCUAAAACAGCCCCUGUGUUGAGUGCCGUGAAUAAACCUCUGACAGUACCAGGGAAAAGGAUCUUCACUAAGACCACACCUGCCUCAGACACGGCCAGUAACACCAGCACCAACUCCUCCCCGCUAAGCUCCACAACCAUCAACAAGAACAGCAACGUAGCCACUGAGUCAUCAGAGAGUCAGGCGCAGGAGAACAACGAGAACCCGGUCAUCAAGAAUGAUGAAUGCAAGAAGACGGAGCCCAGUCAGAACAUGACCCCUGACGCAGAGACAGACGCGUCACCUGUCAAACGACGCGGACGUCCUCCUAAAUCGGCUCCUGUUGCACCUGCAGGGGCUGACAAAGAAGGAGCAGCAGCGCCGGCAGGGGCUGGCAGAGGAAGGAAGAGAGCAGCAGACUCCAAUCCAUCGACAGAGUCAAUCAACAUCAAGAUGUCAAAACAGCAGAAUGAUGAAGGGACAAAGAGACAGAUUGACUUGCAGAGGUGGCCUUUUAAGAGCAAAAAGAUGGAAAAAGAGAGACCUGAAGAGGAGACAGGGAGAGCUGUAGGGUCACUCGCCCUCCUCCUAGGCAGUGAAGGGGAAACUGAGAUAGAGCUGGAGUCCAGUCCAGAGGGAGUUACCUGUGGCAGGGAGGAGAGUGAGAGAUCCUCACAGGGAGAUACCAAGUCUACAAGCAGGGAAGAUCCUUCUGGUUGGCAGGGAGAGACGAACUGUGGUGAAAGGACAGACAGGCUGGUAGUAAAGAGGAAACCAGUGAGGGUGAAAUCAAGACCGUAGAGAAAAUGGGCCAGACUCUUCCCAUAUCUCCCCGAACCUGCGCACACGCUCUCCAACCUUUAAAGCUUUCCUGGACACAUUAUGGACCUUUCUUAAAACACACAUGUAUACACACAUAUACAAACACACACCACUGACAUCCUAGAAGGUUUUAAAUACCUUAUAGUCAUGAUUUGAACUCAUUGUAUGUAGGUCUUACUUAAAAAAACUUUUUUUUCUUUUGUGUUUGUUGCUCUUUGCUUCUUUUGUGGAGCCAUUUUUAAGAAAAAAAAACAGGAUGGACAUUUUACAAACGUUUUAAUCUGGUUAUGAUUGUUGCUUAUUAAAUUCCCUGGGAAAAAAAUUCUACUGUAUGUGUCCUGACCUUUUCCUCCUUGUGUCUCACAUCGUUUUUUUAUUUGGGGAUUAAAGGUUUUUCUCUUUUACAGUCUUGUUAUGUUAUAACAUUUAUUCUACUUGGCAGUAAAAUCUUUUGAAAAAUCCAGGAUAAUAAAAAACUGCAGCAGAUAGAUAAAAUACUGUCUCACAGAGUAAGAUAUGUGAAGUAAAAAGAUGUACUGGCACAUACACUUUUGAAGACCAUUGUGAUUGGGUGCUUCAGCUGGGUAAUAGCAACUACGGACCAAGUAGAAACUCUCUGUGGUGGUAAAAUCACCAUCUGUAGGCAAUUGUUCUGUUUUUGGAUUUAUUUUCGAUGUGCUUACGGGCGAAUUUAAACUGUCAAACGUUUUUGGACUAUUCUUUCUAUAGAAUGCUCAGUGGCUCUAAAAUCCAACUGAGUAAAUUGUUUUUAAGUCUGACACAGGUCUUCAGUUUGGAAUGCUUAAAAGAUAUAUUACUAAGUGAGUGUCCAGGUUUUUGUUCUUCUAUGAUAUAUCUAUUUUUUGUACUUCUGUUGGUUAUUUUGUUGGCUGUUGCCUUCUUUGAAUGAUUGAGUGGGAAACUUUUGGGGUUUUAUUGACGAGGACUUAUUUUUCAUGUAGUUAAAAGUAUGCCUAUUCUCUUGAUCAUAUUUAAUUAUUUUCCAGAAAAAUAAAAUGCCUUUAGAUCAUA